AUGGGCAGGCUGGCCGGGCUGUGGAUGUGUCUGGCGGUCCUCUCCAGCGCGGCGGUGGGCUAUGCCAGCGCCUGCCCUGCCCUGUGCGCCUGCAGCGGCACCACUGUGGACUGCCACGGGCUGGGGCUCCGCACCAUGCCCCGGAACAUACCGCGCACCACGGAGAGACUUGUCUUCAGCUGUUCCUGCCCCCUGGGUUUCGAAGGCCCUGCGUGCAAAAUUGACGUUGACGACUGCGAAUACAGCGACUGUGAGAACGGAGCAACGUGCGUUGACGGGAUCAACAACUACACCUGCCUCUGUCCUCUCUACUACGCAGGGGACAUGUGUGAGGAGAUGGAGGACGUCUGCGCCCCCGGUCGGAGUCCCUGUAAGCACCAGUCUACCUGCCUCAUCACCUCGGCGGGGCCCAAGUGUGUGUGUACUCCUGGCUACGUUGGCGACGACUGCAGCGUGGACUAUGACGACUGCAACGAGCACCGCUGCCUGAACGGCGCCCAGUGCCUGGACGAGUUCAACGGCUACUCCUGCCUCUGCCCCGAUGGCUACAGCGGUCAGCUGUGCGAGGCGCCCCUGUCGGCGCGGUCGCUGUGCGAGCUGGCCGACUGCCAGAACGGGGCGCCCUGCGUGGAGCGGGGGGGGCGCGCCCUCUGCCAGUGCCUGCCCGGGUUCGGCGGCCCGCGCUGCGAGAAGCUCGUCAGCGUCAACUUCAUCGACCGGGACUCGUACCUGCUGCUGUCCGACCUCAAGAACUGGCCGCAGGCCAACAUCACGCUGCAGGUGUCCACGGCGGAGGAGAAUGGCAUCCUGCUCUACAACGGAGACAACGACCACAUCGCCGUGGAACUGUUCCAAGGUCACGUCAAGGUCAGCUACGACCCAGGCAGCCAGCCAGGUCACGCCAUCUACAGCACUGAGACCAUCAACGACGGGCGGUUCCACACGGUGGAGCUGGUGACCUUCGAGCAGAUGGUGAACCUGUCCAUCGACGGGGGUCUCCCCACCUCCAUGGACAGCUUCCGGGCGGCGCGCCCCCUCACUGGGGAGGCCCCGCUCUACGUGGGGGGGAUGCCCGUGGAAGGCCCCUCCGCAGCGUUCCGUCUCUGGCAGAUCCAGAACGGCUCCAGUUUCCACGGCUGCAUCCAGAACCUGUACAUCAACAACGAGCUGCAGGACUUCACCAACACCCAGAUGAAGCCGGGCGUGGUGCCCGGCUGCGAGCCCUGCAGGAAGAUCUACUGUCUGCACGGGAUCUGCCAGCCCGACGGAGCCCAAGGGCCCGUGUGCCACUGCCAGCCUGGCUGGAGCGGCCCCCACUGCGACCAGGUCGCCGCCAACCCCUGCCAGGGGAGCAAGUGUGUCCAUGGAAAGUGCAUCCCCUCGGUCGGCCAGACGUAUCACUGCGAAUGCUCCGAGGGUUAUCACGGCACCCUGUGCAACCAGCAGGGGGAGCUGUUCAACCCCUGCCGCCGCCUGAGCUGCAAGCAUGGCCGCUGCCAGAUCUCGGACACGGGAGACGCCUACUGCCACUGUGAGAGCGGCUACACCGGAGAGCUGUGCGAUGCAGAGUCCGAGUGCCGAGGAGAGCCCAUGCGGGACUUCUACCAGGUGCAGCGGGGCUACGCCAUCUGCCAGACCACGCGCACGGUGUCCUGGGUGGAGUGCAGCGGGGCGUGCGACGCCGGGGCGUGCUGCGCCAGCCAGCGCAUGAAGCGCCGGAAAUACACCUUCGAGUGCAGCGACGGCACCUCCUUCAGCGAGGAGGUGGAGAAGACCAUCAAGUGCGGCUGCGCUGGCUGCAUGUAGCGGGGGCCGCAGCUCCCCCCCCCGCCCCCCUGACCCCAUCCACCCUGCGUCCGUCACCCCCCCACCACCGCUGUCGCUGCGCUGGGUGGAAGACUGGAAGAGAAGGAAGGAGGAGGAGGAGGAGGAGGAGAGUGGACUGGAGGAAAGAGAGCGAGACAGAAAGUAUAAAGAAAAAAAUAUAUAAAACCCUCUAUCUAUAUAUUAUGGACAACGAUGUUUGUAAAAUAGGACAUUCCCGUCCAUGGUCCAAGGAUGUAGACCUACAGUGACACGGAGAGAAGCACAACAGCAACUUCUCAACGUCCAAAAAGAAGAAGAGAAAAAAUCCCCAACAGAACCUUCGAGGUUGCUCCAAAAGGAUCCACAGAUUUCCAAGGUGUUGCUGAAGCGUUCAGUGAGGUGUCCUCUCCGAUACCCCAAACACCCCCAUCCAUCCAUCAAGCCAUCCAUCCAUCCAUCCGUCCAUCCAUCAAGCCAUCCAUCCAUCCAUCCGUCCAUCCACCCCAGGUGUGUCAGGUCGGUGUCGGAGCCACUGAGCCACCUGUUCACCAUCUGAACUUUCUAGAGGCAGUUGGGACAUGGGCCGCCAGGCUGGCAGCCGAUGGCACAACGGCACAGAUAUGACCGUAAGCGGACACAAAGGUGAAGAGAGAGAGACAGACGGAGAGAGAGCGAGGGAUGAAUGAGCAGAGGAGCUGGACUGCAUGACUUGGUGAAGCUGGAGGCGGAGCUUGGCUGGGCCUCGCUGGACUGGGCUGCCCGGGUCAGGUUCAGUACGUCGCUCUGAGGGUAGGGGUGCCCGGGUCAGGUUCAGUACGUCGCUCUGAGGGUAGGGGUGCCCGGGUCAGGUUCAGUACGUCGCUCUGAGGGUAGGGGUAGGGAUCUCUGGCCGCUCAUUCAUUAACACAUUGCAUAUGUAGAAUGGAACAGGUAGGGUUUGAGCCGGCACAUAAUCCAGUUGGGAUACACGCAUAUAUAUAUAUAUAUAUAUAUAUAUAUAUAUAUAUAUAUAUAUAUAUAUAUAUAUAUAUAUAUAUUCGGACUUAGAGCGGCAGGUGUUUGGGUGUCACAGUUGUACUGUGAGCCA